GUCAGCUCUUUCAUUUGGUAGCUCCGGUACCCGAACUCCAUCUUCUGAUCCAUUCUUUUUAGACGCUCUCUUCUAAUUUUCUUCUCCGCGACACCACCUUGCCGGAGCUAACCACAACUCCACUGUCCACCGCCGGCCAUCUAAUUUAUUUCUGCUUUACGAAAUCGCGGUGAAUUUUUGUUUGUGAAAUGCGAUUAAAGGAUAGAUAAAACGCAAAAAUGAAAAAAGUAUCGAGAAAAGUAGGUAAAUAUGAAGUCGGUCGAACAAUCGGAGAAGGAACAUUCGCGAAGGUUAAAUUUGCUCAAAAUAUGGAAACUGGAGAAAGCGUUGCCAUGAAAGUUUUGGCUAAGAGCACCAUUCUUAAGCAUAAAAUGGUUGAUCAGAUAAAGAGAGAGAUAUCUAUCAUGAAGAUUGUUAGACACAAGCAUAUAGUUAUAUUACAUGAGGUUUUGGCAAGCCGGACGAAGAUAUAUAUUAUUCUCGAGUUUGUUACUGGAGGAGAAUUAUAUGAUAAAAUUGUUAACCAUGGAAGACUUCAUGAAAAUGACGCAAGGCGAUAUUUUCAGCAGCUUGUAGAUGCAGUUGCUCAUUGUCACAGUAAGGGUGUGUACCACAGAGACCUGAAGCCUGAAAACCUUCUUCUAGAUGCUUUUGGGAAUUUGAAGGUUUCAGACUUUGGACUGAGUGCGCUGCCUCAGCAAGGAGUUGGACUUCUUCAUACAACAUGUGGAACCCCAAAUUAUGUUGCACCUGAGGUAAUCAGCCAUCGGGGUUAUGAUGGGGCAGCUGCUGAUGUGUGGUCGUGUGGGGUCAUUCUCUAUGUUCUAAUGGCUGGAUAUCUUCCAUUUGAUGAAGUAGACCUGCCUACGUUGUACAAAAAGAUAAAUGCUGCAGAAUAUUCUUGUCCAUUUUGGUUUUCAUCUGGCGCCAAGAGUUUGAUAGACAAGAUACUUGUUCCCAAUCCAAAGACUCGUAUAACAAUUGAAGGAAUUAAAAAGCAUUCAUGGUUUCGGAAAAACUAUGUGCCUGUCAAACAAAGUGAUAAAGAAGAAGUGGAUUUAGAUGAUGUUCGUGCAGUUUUUGAUGAUAUUGAGGAUAAAUAUGUAGCAGAGCAGUCAGAAAAUAGUGAAGUGUCGCCGCUUAUAAUGAACGCCUUUGAGAUGAUCACCUUGUCCCAAGGAUUGAAUCUGUCAGUGUUAUUUGACAGGCGUCAGGAUUAUGUGAGGCGGCAAACGCGAUUUGUAUCCCGCAAACCAGCAAAAGAUAUAAUUUCAACUAUUGAAACCGUUGCAGAAUCUAUGAGUCUUAAGGUUCAUACACGUAACUACAAGACAAGGCUAGAAGGAGUCUCUGCAAAUAAGGCAGGACACUUUGCAGUUGUCCUAGAGGUUUUUGAAGUUGCACCAUCGCUUUUCAUGGUAGAUGUCCGAAAGGCUUCUGGUGAUACUCUUGAAUAUCACAAGUUUUACAAGAACUUCUGUGCUAAACUAGAGAACAUAAUAUGGAGAGCAGAAGGUGGUGGUUCUUGCAGCCUGCUUAGAACAAUAUCUUGCUGAUCCACAAUAUCUGCGGGAGUGAAGCAAGUUAGCUAGCGAAGCAGCACGAGGACUCCACGAAUAGGAUAUGAUGGAGAUAUAUACUGCCUGGCAUUAGCAUAAUAAAUUAAAACACCAAUUUGUAAAUUAUGAUAUCCUUGUCACCAUAAUGUUGUGAAUAGAAAUAAUUGAGAUAGAUCCAGCUAGUAAUUCUCUAAAGGCUCCUGUAACGAAAAUCUGUAUGUUAUAAUUAGUGUUUAAAGGGAUGAGCGAGUUGAAAAUCCCACGUUCAUAAUGGUAGGCCGAAAAGAACAGUUGACACUAAUGAAAAGGAAAACUCUGAUGGUUUGGAAUAGGCUAA